AUGUCCCUCAUUUGCCAUUCGUGCGCUAACGACAUUAAUGAAGGUCACGUUAUUUGCCGUGGCUUCUGCUCUGCUAUAUUCCAUCCCAGAUGCACUGGUAUCGCUGCUGUCGCUUUCGAGGAUGUGAUAAAAAAUGCACAAUUAUUUUGGCUGUGCAAAUCCUGCACAUCGCUGAUGAAAGGCAUUCGUGUUAGGAAUACUGCUCGCUCUGCUCACGAAGCGGGUUUAGAAGAAGCAUUAAACACUCAUAGUGGCAUUAUGGAGAAUCUCAAAGCCGAAAUUUUGAACGAACUGAAGAAUGAGAUCAGAACGAACUUUGCCACAUUGAUGAAUUCAAAUUCGUUUACGCCAAGAUCAAUUAGACACACCGCUACCGAUUCUCGAUUUACCAAACCCCGCCGACUGUUCAAUUCUGACACAAACCGGUCCAAUAAACCACCGCUCUUGCACGGUACGGGCAGCACGCUCUCUGCCUCCACCGAAAUUGCAGUUGUGCCUGCAGCUAGGCCUAAAUUUUGCCUGUACCUUUCGCGGAUCGCUCGUGAGGUAUCUGCGGAACAAGUAACCGCCUUAGCUAGAAAACGACUUGGAACGGAGGACAUUCUUGUGACUCGGCUAGUGGCGGAGGGAAGAGAUAUUAACACUCUUUCUUUUGUUUCUUUUAAAAUACUAAUGAACGCUGAGUUAAAAACUAAAGCUCUAUCAACUUCUACUUGGCCUAGGGGAGUUGUUUACCGCGAGUUCUCCGAUAACAGGUCUAGCGAAAAUUUUUGGCAACCGAAACCUACAUCGUACGACCCGCUAAACAUCUUACCAGAUCCAAACAUAGCAGCAAUGGACGAAUAG